AUGCAUCACAGAUACAUAACUAUCGCUUUAUUGGUGUGUGCCAUUUCGGCACCAAUAACUUUUGGACAAAUUCUUCCAGGAGGAUGGUACGACAUUGAUGCUAAUGAUUCUACGGUCGAGAAUCUUUCAAAACGAGCAAUCGACUUGUAUGGUACAUCACAAAAUGAUAGUCUGGCUAGGAGGCUGAUCAGCGUUGUUCGUGCCAGGACUCAAGUUGUGGCCGGAUCAAAUUAUAAUGUGACACUGAUCCUAGGUGUGUAUGGUUGUAGCGAUGGGGAUUUCAAUUCAUCAUCUCCUCUGUGUGUUGUCGAUGAGUUGAAGACCUGCCAAUUCCUAAUGUACUAUGUACCGUGGACUAACACGCUCCGAUUGACAUCGUCUUUGUGUUUGAACUCAACCAGCGCCUGGAGUUCGUAUGUGCAUAUUGCUCCGAAUAUGAAAAAGGCUUUGAAUGCUAUCAUUCUGAGAGAAUUUCCAUUGAGAAAAAAUCGUGUGAACUUCAAAUUGAUUAAUUCGGCUUCGUAUCUGGUUCACAAACUGAUAUACAGCAUUUACGCAACCUUAAAGCGUGAAAAUGAUUCCGUGACAUUCCUAUUCUGCAAGAUGAAAAGCGAAAAUGAUAUAAGGAAGUAUACGAAAUGCACUUUGAACUAA